CACCCUUUGCAUGAAGUAGGAUCCUUGAGCUGAUGCAGAGGCAGCCAACUGCUCCAUAUUUGGCUUCUAUUACACAUUUACAUGCUGGAGAAGAGAGGAGCGAGCUUCUACACCGCAGACAUCAUUUCUGCUACAGUUGGUGAGGAGACAUCCGUGUCACAGCGAGGGAGAAGAGAAAUAAAACAUUUUUUUUGUUAUAAAAAAGCCCAAGCCCUUGCGAUCAGCUGGCAAGACACUGUGAGUCUUUUUUUUGUCCGCCCCCUACCCUUCACCCGCCCGUCCACUGACACUUUACAUUUUUGGAGCAAGAGUCACAGCAACUUAAACAAGCAGUCUAAGCACUGAAUUUCUUCUUGACCUCUAAGAUCACCACCACGACAGUUUUAAUCUUCAUAUUUGAAAGGUGCUGUGCAAAUAAGGAUGAAGAAGAAUCCGAUUCCUGAACCCUGAGAAGUGUUCCAUCUUGGAAAGAAAAUAAGGACAUCAGAAGUCUUUGGUCUUUGCUCCACCAUCAUAUGUAUUUCUUAGUAGUGCUUUUUCAGCAGAAAACCAUAGCACAGUGGUUGGAUGUUUCAGUGGAUUUUUACAUCAACAGAAAAUAGGAAAAGAACUUUGUAUUUAUUAACAUCCUGGAGCACAAUGAAAGAGUUUUAAUGCACAGACCUCAGAAAAAAAACGCAGCAGCACCUGGUAAAAGGAGGUUGCACUAGGAACACUCUUGUGUUUUUGAAAGAGCACCACUGAGAGCCUCUGAGCAAUCCAGCAAUGUCUGCAAAUUCUUCAAGGUGAAGGAUAAUCUGGGACUCCCAACAGACGACAGUGAAUGUUAGCAGCUUGUGGAGGAUUGUGCUCGUAGGGAGAUGAUUCCUCAUGAAGUCUCUGGAUCCCCUUCAGAAAUCAAAUGUGACUUUUCACUUAGCAGACUGAAAUUGGAGCCAGCCAGGCAGUGAAGCCACAGAAGUGGAGGGCAGGGGCCAGUGAAAAAUGAAAUCCAACCAGGAGAGAAGCAAUGAAUGCCUGCCACCUAAGAAGCGAGAGUUCCCUGCCACCAGCCUGCCUUCUGAGGUGAAGCCAUUAGUUCUGGCCAGUGAAAACCACCGUGCAGACAACUUAGCAUGGCUCUCAAGCACAACCAGCAGCCAGAGCAGCAUGAGUGGGCGAAACAGGCCUGGAGGGACCUCAGUGGAAGCUGGUUCACAACAGGGAAUAGGUUUACACAAAUCACUAUCUACAGGAAUAGAUUAUUCCCCACCUAGUGCUCCUAGGUCUGUUCCAGCCACCACAACACUUCCCACAGUGUACCCGCCUGCACUCUCACAGGCAGGGACACCUGUUUCCCCAGUGCAGUAUACACACCUGCAGCACACUUUCCAGUUUGUUGGGCCCCAGUAUAGUGGACCAUACACCGGAUUCAUCCCGUCCCCACUGAUUUCCCCAACAGCCAAUUCUGCAACCAGCACAGCAACCUCUGCCACUGCUGUUGCAACCACUCCAUCCCAGCGUUCCCAGCUGGAGGCUUAUUCCACUUUGCUGGCCAGUAUGAGCAACCUAAGCCAGCAAGGGCACAAAGUUGAGCCGCAUCUAGUCAGGACACCUGGAUUAAUCACAGCGGGGUCUCCUCCACCUACCCAGCAAAACCAGUACGUCCACAUUUCCAGCUCACCUCAGAGUGCAGUCAGAAAUGUCUCUCCUCCAGCCAUCCCAGUACAUUUGCAUCCACACCAGGCAGUGAUUCCUCAUGCAUUCACCCUUGGUCCCUCCUCCCAGGUGGUGGUGCAAUAUGCCGAUUCUGGUGGCCAUUUUAUCACUCGGGAGUCCACCAAAAAGUCUGAGAGCAGCAGGCUGCAGGCUAUGCAAGCAAAAGAAAUACUGAAUGGGGAAAUAGAGAAGAGCAGGCGGUAUGGUAUCUCACCAUCCUCAGAAGUAAGUCUUGUCAAAUCAGGCAAUAAACCAUCUCCUCAUCAUUUCGAGGCCAGGCACGUAGUGGUCCACUCGGGUCCUGCUGAUUACAUUGCACGGGAUUCUUCCAGUGUCCGGUCCUCUGUUAUGGUUGUUCCCAACAGCAGCACACCUACUGCAGACAUGGAUGUCCAGCAAACCACCAAUAGAGAAACGUCUCCCUCGGUCCUCAAUGAAAAGGGAAGCUUGCACUUAGGAAAAACAGCCCACCGAUCCUAUGCUCUAUCUCCCCAACAGACUAUGGGCCAUGAAGGGGUGAAAACAGUUGCCACUUUGUCCCCUCACACAGUCAUUCAGACCACCCAUAGUGCCACAGAGCAGCUCCCAGUUGGGUUGCCUGCUGCGGCUUUCUACUCUGGGACUCAGCCACCUGUAAUUGGCUAUCUAAGCAGUCAACAGCAAGCCUUUGGCUAUCCUGGAAAUCUACCACAGCACCUGGUGAUCCCUGGCACUCAGCCCCUCUUAAUACCAGUAGGCAAUGCAGAUAUUGACUCAUCAGGGGUACCACCUGCUAUAGCCACUUCAUCUCCCCAGUUGGCAGCAGUGCCUCACACGUUCGUCACAACCACCAUUCCAAAAAGUGAGAAUUUCAGUGCUGAGUCACUGGCAAGUCAACCAGCUUACCAGGCAGCAGUGGUGCAGGCCCAGAUACAUCUCCCCCUGAUCCAGCCAGUACCUUCUUCAGCAGCAGCUCCUCCUACACUGCCUCCUUACUUCAUGAAAGGGUCUAUCAUUCAGUUGGCCAACGGAGAGCUGAAGAAAGUAGAAGAUUUAAAAACAGAAGACUUUAUACAGAGUGCAGAAAUUAGCAGUGACCUGAAGAUAGACUCCAGCACCGUGGAAAGGAUUGACGACAGCCAUAACCCAGGCAUUGCAAUGAUACAGUUUGCAGUUGGAGAGCACCGAGCGCAGGUCACAGUCGAAGUCUUGGUAGAAUAUCCUUUUUUUGUAUUUGGACAAGGUUGGUCAUCCUGCUGCCCCGAGAGAACAAGCCAGCUCUUCGACUUGCCAUGUUCCAAACUCUGUGUUGGGGACGUCUGCAUAUCGCUUACACUGAAGAAUCUGAAGAACGGCUCCAUUAAAAAGGGCCAGCCCAUGGACUCAGCUAGCAUCUUGCUGAAGCACUCUAAGAAUGACAGUCUGACUGGUAGUAGACAUAGGUAUCCAGAGCAGGAAAAUGGGAUUGAUCAGGGAAGUGCAAAGAUGUCAUCUGAGAAUGGUGAACUGAAGUUUCCAGACAAAAUAGGAUUGCCUGCAGCAUCUCUGCUCACCAAAUCAGAACCCAGCAAGCCCACAGCAACUAGGAAGCGGAGGUGGUCUGCCCCUGAAACACGGAAACUAGAGAAGUCAGAAGAGGAACCACCGUUGACUCUUCCCAAACCUUCUUUUAUUCCUCAGGAGGUUAAGAUUUGCAUUGAAGGGCGAUCUAAUGUGGGCAAGUGAAGUUUGCUUAGGGAAAGGAAAUUAGGCUAUCCCUUGUCAUUUUUAUCCAGAUUACUGUACUGUAGGCUAAAAUAAUCCAGUAUUUACAUGUUAUCAUUUUAUUUUAGGUUUAUGUUAUAACCUUGUUGUUAUAGUUGCAGCUGGUAUUAUGCAGGAGACUGGUGCGUACUCCCCUCCCCCAAAGUAUUUGUUGGUGAUUAUUUUGAUCUAGAGCUGCAGAGAAGGGCAGUAUCUGCUUCAUCCCCAUCCUUUGUGGAAGCAAAUGUUCUUGCUGUGACUCCUGUUUUCCAACACUUCCAGCAGAAUAAGCCUUGGCUGUCUUUGGCAAGGUGAUGGAAAGGGAACUGUAGCAGAGACAAAGACGAUUGCCUGAUUCUGCAGGAGGGCGGACGUCACAUGGCAGCAGGGUUUGGUAGUUCUCUCAGCUAGCGCCUGUUAGGAGUCCAGUCCAGUGGCAGCAUCGGAGAAACAUGCAGUCUCUUAAGGCUUGCACAGUAAAAACACAUUUCCCCCCACAGUUUGCCACAUAUAUUCCCACCCCCCAUCCUAUCCUGUCUGCCCAGCCACAUAGUCUUCCCCACAAUGGGAGUCUGACUGCACUAUUUUUUUUUAUUUUUUUACUGUUUUCAGAGGCUGCCAUACAGACAUGUCAUCUCCACUUGCUAGUACAGCUGCAUUCCAAGGGUAUAGCAACUGAUUCUUGCUUUGCUAACCCUGGGAGCAUCUUUAAAGUAGGACAUUGUUGCCAUAGACCUAGCAAGCUUCAAACUGAGGGGACCCCUGCUAGUGCUCUUCAUUACUUCUGUACAGGGUUAGAGAGAGCGCCGCUGAGUUUUGCCACUGACAUUUGCUUCCACGAGGUAAAUAGGCACUGCCCCUUUGGGAGAGUGAACAUAAAAGUUGUUUGCAUUUAGGUUGCAAAUAUUUGUCUUUAACUCUAGUACUGUUUUUAGUUCCUGACUAUGGACAACUAGUGCCACUUUUUUCAAAUUUCAGUGUGACACAAGGAAGUGGAUGUCGAAGAUGAACGUAGAAUGUCUUUAAGCACUUAAAAUGCUGUUUCACACUUUUGUUGCCGAGCAUCCUGGCUUAACACUCAGCAAGUACUGUAUCUCACUUUAAUCUCUUCGAUGAGAGAAAAACAAAACAGAAAAGAAAGAAAAUUGAUCUCUUCAACACUGUUAACUACAUGCAAACUAUAGAGAUUUUUUCACAAGCAAGAUGUUGAAAGUUUUCCAUGUGGUUUCAAAGGGAUGAAUGUGAAUUUUGAACUGGUAUGUGACAGUCAUUGUCCACAAGGACUACUUAAUAGGAGGCACUUUUAAAACUUUGAUGCUUGUGAGUUAAAGGCAUAUGUGAGCUGACAGAUAAUAAAAGAAUAAGAGAGAGUAUAAAAGAAAGAGAAGAAAAAAUCAUUAUUGUCCAGUGUUUUUGAAAAAGAUGGACUUUAAAGAAUCUUGCAAUUUGCACAUCUUGAGUUUAUCAUUUGUGUGGUAUUCCUGCAGUUUUUACCUAAUAAUUUUUGGGGAAGGGAGAGGGACUGAAAAAGCUUAAACAAAUGUAGCAAUUACUUACUAACCUGCCUACACUCUAGGCCAUUUUUAGAGGGUUAGGUUUCCUUUCAACCUCUUUAUUUCCUUACCAUCUCUGUCACCCUGAACCAGGACAGACUCUGAGACUUUCUCUUCAGAUUCGCUGAGUUUCCAUAAGAGACACUUUGACACAAAAGCAAGUUUUGGGUUUUGGUUAAUUCUCAUCCUUUGUUACUUUGUUACUUUGCAAAUAUUACUCUUUGUUACGCUGAAUAACUUCUUUUUCAUUAGUAGUACAAUGUAGAUGUUAAAGUUUGGUACAAAACAGGACAAUGGGUAGAAAAUUUACCCAGUGAAGCUCUCCUGUUGUUGGCGGUGUUACUGUUCCCAGAAAUCUGAAACAAAUUUAAGAGUGGAUCUAGAGAUCCUAACUCCUGCUGAUUACGUGGCUUCCAUCUUGAAACCAGUUCCUGACAAAGAGCCACGUUAAAGCCCUAGUGACUACUCACAGUUGAGUGUUCAGAUGAUACCAGCCUGUGAAUAAUUCACAUUAAUAAACAGCUAAGGUUAAAGUCCAGUUAAUUAAAAUAUUGCAUUAAUUUCUGAAGCUUUAAGAUUAGGAUCUGCAUAUGAGAUAUUUUCACACAUUAUGCUUAUUUUGGGUUCUCCUUGGUCUGUAAUGUGAAUCUAAAAUCCAUGUCGGCAUGUUCUAUCCAUGUUAACAAUGUUCACAUGUGGUACAAAUAUUAUAUGAGAGCUCAAACAUGUUUUUAGCAUCUUGUCUGAAAAUGGUGUAAGAACUUAUUGACAUCAGUGCUUGCUCUUGCUUAUUGGGGGUCAGUGGGUGGAUGUGAAAUUCUCUUCUCCCCCCCCCCCUUGCAAUUACUUUUGGAUGCAAUUCUGCUUAUCGGGGCAGGCAGGCAGGCAGGCAGACAUGAAUUCUUUUCUUUCCCUGCUUGCAAUUAUUUUGAAUGCAAUCCAAACCCAGGGCAAGUAAGGCAGAAGAUAGGGCAUGUUGCCUAUGUAAACAGUAAGCUUACCCCUGAUUUCUUUUCCAUUAUCAUUCCACAUGCCUUAGGGUAGCCACUGUCCUCAAAGUGGCCUUGUCUGAGGAAUGAAUGAAGCAGAAAAGGCCAAUUCACACAUCCCUGGUAGUCAGGUGAAGGGUAAGCUGUGAUUUUAGUCUUGGUUCAAACAAUAUUUAGCUGAGAGCCUUGCCCAGUAGGAGUCUCCAUUGAGUAACACUUUGACCCUGAAUGUGGCUUUGCUGGUUGCAUUGGGCCUCUGUGAAUUUGAGGCCCUUUCAGAUAAAGAAUCUAAAUUAUAGAAAUCAGAACAGAACGUAGAUUGAACCAAUUCCUCCAAAUGUUUGUUCUCCCCACUUGCUUAAAUAUAGUACAUUUUAAGGGGAAAAAUAACUCCCAUCUUAUCCCUCCUUUCAAUUCUUAUGUCCCUUUGUUUGUUACUUGAACCUUAGCUCACACCAGAACUAACCAAUUUUGUACCAUUUUCUGGGGUGCACCAAAAAUGUGUUUAAGUUUUAAAACAGCUUGAAAUCUGUCUUGAAUUGAAUGGUAACCUCUCAGUGGUUUACCAAAUAGCUGAGCAGGUUUCUCUUCACAAUCACACUGCUUAUUUAGUGUUGUAUUUCUUUUCCCAACAUUUCAGCUGAGAGAACUUACUUAAUCUUCCAUAAACUCUGCUCAGGGCACUUUAAAUUGAUUGUUUAUUGGAGUUUUAUUUUGGCUUUUUUGUUUUGUUUUUUCAUUUCAACCUUUGACGGCAAGAGGAAUAGAAAGGCAUGGGGCAAAAUUCCCUGUUUCAUUUCCAUCAGUACCACUAUUUUCACAUGUACUUGGAGAGCAUCACACAUAUAAGGAAGCAGGGAUUAUGAAACUGACCAUAUCUAUAAAACUAACACUAAAGUAUUAAUAAUAAUAAUAAUAAUAAUAAUAAUAAUAAUAAUAAUAAUAAUAAUAAUAA